GCCUUUCACCAAGCACCAUCUUCACCGCGGGAGGAAAGAAGAACACCGGAUUUCGUCACGCGGCAACCUGCAAACGGCGAGUACGGACAUUCAUUUAUACGGUACCGGGUACCAACGCAUUACGAAACUCUAUAUCGCGACAGCGCACGUCUCAGGACACCUUUACUGCGAUCACUUCAUCCCACACCACUCGUCUUAGGCGUAGCCGCUCUUCGACUUCCACCAAGCAUUACGCACCUGUUGCGCAACACUCAACAAAGAACACUCAGGCGCUCCUUGAGCGCAUUGCCCACCCACAAGCGCUCGACCCACUAGUUUGUUCGACACAAGCAUCGCAAUGCACACCUCUUCGCUGAGUGCAGCCAUAUACGGCGUCCUGUUCGUUGGCCUUGCAGCUGCGACAGGCGGCGAAAUAUCCCUCUCGAACUUCACACCCCGCAUCGACAACCUACCCACACAGUGCAAGACCGUCUACAACACCAAAAUCGAUGCCUGUGUUUCCUCGGACUUUACUCUAGGCGCGACCUGCAGCUCGGGCUGUUUGGCUGGGCUUGCAAAGAUCGCAACCGCGGUCAAGACCGGAUGCGUGGGUGUCGAUGUGGGCGAGACUUCGAUCAUCGGGGUCUUCCAGAACAACCUUGGGGUUGCCGCGCUCUGCCCCAACAACAAGCAGUCUUCGUCUUCGACAAGCUCUAGCUCCCCGGCGACGACCAGCGCAACUCUGCAGACGAGCACAAGAACAUCAGCACCCGCCACGACCACCGCAGCGCCUUCCACAAGUACAGUCCGACCUUCAAGUGCAUCAUCAUCUGGCCUGAACCUCGACACGACUGCGACCCUCGCAACAUCGACUACCAUCGCAGCGCCUACAAGCAGCGCGACGAUUGGAACCGGUGUCAACAGUCAGCUAUCGAACUCAGACUCCGGAGGCGGUUCGCCGUUCGACGUCGUGGCCACCGGUGCUGCCCCGCAACUGCACCUGACCAAGACUGCGUUGUCAACACUAUUGGCAUCCAUCCUUCUUGUGGUGUUGGCAUGAGCACCAGGCCGGCCUUGACGAUUCACUGUUU